AUGCCUGUCACAAAACGCAGUACGAGGAGAGCCGAGAGGGAGAAGAAGGGAGAGAACGGGGAUGCAGAGGAUGAGAGCAGCGAGAAGGAGCCUCUCAUUUCCGAGAGAAAGUACAGGUUGAAAUGGUUGCUGGGAGUGGAUGGGUCGAAGCGGAGGACUAUACUUUUUCUGAUCAAGUGGGCAGUGUUUAUCUACCUGGUAGUGACUUUCUACCAUGCUCAGCGAUGGGGGUGGUUGCUACAGGGCAAGUCGUUCUACCUCCCUUAUCACUCUCCUGGCAACAUGAGGAAGACCGGCCUCGCCUUCCGCAACAUGUUCUUCACCAUCGCGCGGCGGCACGGGUACAGCCACAGGGACAUCGAGAAAAUGAUACUUUUCCCGACCGAGAGCAUGUUCAAGCAGCUCUCUCCUCUCGCACAUGACGCGAGGUGGCCGUCCUGGUUCAACAGGAGCGAGGCUCCUGGGCAUCUGUCUCCCAAGGAGAGGAUGCAGUAUGCCCUGAAGCAGCUCGACAACGUGAGCAGGAAGAGCAAGCCGAGUCAGCUGUUCGAAGCAGGGGAGACGCAGCCGUUUGUGAAGAUGAAGGGGGACACGCGCAACAUCUUCCGGGAGUCAGGAGCGAUCACCCUCGUCCUCCUGCCUGGGAUCCUCUCAGAGCUCAUCGACACGAAGCUCUUCGGGGACGUUCCUGCGUGGGCGGACUCAACCUUGAAGGGGAGAUGGAAAGAGAGGAUGGAAGUCUGCUCUAAGAUCCUUCCGCACGAGAGGGGGGAGGGAGAGGAGUGCGACGAGUCCGACACGGUGGACAGGAGGUGGUCACUGGAUAAGCUCGACUUCCUCGUCGAGCCUCUGGCAGAACUGGUCGACGUCGCGUCGAUCGAUGCCAAGGGGGUGGAGGAGGAGCUCGAGGAAGGGGCUUCUCCCUCCCUCCCUGACGGCCAUCCUCUCAUCCACCUUGUGCGGUUCAACACGCCGAUGGGGAGCCUGGAGACGAUGGGAACGAUAGAGAGGUCGAGCACCACGUUCCUCAGGAGGCUGACCAAGGUGAUGAGGAUCAUGGGUGGGGAGCUGAAGGACCUGUACCUCGUCGGGUACUCUCGGGGGGCGGCGGUGGCUCUAGAGCUGCUGGUGCAGGCCAGGAAGAGCCCGAAGCUGUUCCCCUGGGUGAGGAGGGUGAGGGGAGUCGUGUCGCUGGGCGGAGUGAUCUAUGGGACUGAAGCAGCUGAUACCGUCACCCAAGAUCACUUGCACAAGAAGAUUCUUGAGUCUGUUCUGGAGACUGUGGAGCACGUGGACUACAGCCAUGAAGGCGAUUUCGGAUCUGUUGGACAUGCCAAGGACAUUCAAAGUCCUUUCAACAUCGUCGACUUUCUCUCAAGCAGUGCGGACUUUCUUGUACUCCGCGCAUUUUUCCACGACUUGUAUAACGCUACGAAGGGGAAGCAAAUCAACGAUGGACAAGUCUGCUACGACCGCACCAUGUUCUGGCCAUCGCUCAUCACUAACAGCAAGCAGAAGCCUUUCAAAGGAACCUUCCUUGGUAUCCUCGGAGCUCACCACUGGUCCAUAGCACUGCCGUCUGUCUUUGACGGGCAGUCCAGCAAUUUCCCACGAGAAGUUCUGCUUGAGACCUUGGCGACUUUCCUUGCGCACGAGAGAGUUCCGUUCUACAAGAAGUGA